AUAAAUGUCCAUGGGUAUAUAUAAAUGUCCAUGGGUAUUUAUUAUAUGUCCAUGGGUAUUUAUAAAUGUCCAUGUGUAUUUAUAAAUGUCAAUGGGUAUUUAUAAAUGUCCAUGUGUAUUUAUAAAUGUCAGUGGAGGAUGUGUGCUUUUCAGGGUGUGGUUUUGUUACAUUACAAGUGAUAGUCACAUGACUGUUACAUAACCUGCCACAUGGUCACAACAAUGGCUGAAGGCUCAAUAAGUGUGAAUGUUGGAGUGUUGUCUAGUGCCCUGGCUGUUGCAAUUCAGCAAGCAGCUAGCAGUGGACAGUCACAGUCACCUCAAGUCCCUGCCAAUCAAAGUCAGCACACUUCCAGUCAAAGCAGAGGUCCUUCAUCUGCACGGGUGAUUUUACCAUCUUAUCUAAAAAGGAAGAGAGGAAGUGAAGGAGGCUCAGGACAGAAGAAAUCGAAAUCCAAAGAAAGCACUCUGCAAGUGUGGGAUCGAGACAUUGUGUGCAUUCCAAAGAAAGAUGGUGAAUCCCCAAUAUCAUUUCCCCGUGGCAAGUCCCGUGCUAAACUAGCUUCUAAGGGUUUGAUGGGCAAAAUACGCCUUACUUCCUUAAUGACAGAAAAUGAGAUGGAGAUGGAGGUACGAUCUGUGUUUAGUCGCCAGAUGCGAAGCCGAGAGGACUUUCCCUUCGUCUUUCUUCAAUGCACUGGAGCUGGAUCAAAAUCACUCACUAUUCCCUCAAAAUCUGCAACUUUUACGUGGACACCACAACAAGUUGCAAAGCUAGGAACUAACAAGAAUCCAAUUUAUAUUUUGGCCCAAGAUGAGCUUACAUUGCCAGAUGUUGAGGACUCAGAUUUGGAGUCAGGCGAUGAUUGGGAACAUGCAGGAAAGGAUGGCUCUCGCAAAUCUGAGGAAACACCUCCUACGUCUGUCUCAAACACCAGUAAGAAACCUCGUCCUCAGUCUAUCAAAAAAACACCUAAGGAAGAAAGUGCACACAGGUCUUACGAUGUUUACAGAAGCCUUAUCGAUUUGACACAAGAGUCUCCCGACGAUAUGUCAGGUAGCGGCACUGACGAUGAGCUUCCCAAAGUGGAGUUUUCUCUUGCACCUCAACGUGAUUUGGAAGAAAGGGGGGUUCGCAAAACAAAUUUAAUUGUAUCCAAGCACGUAGUUCUCCAACAUCAGUUGAGAGUACUAACUGGUGCAGCUGAUGAGGAAGAUCGACAACGGAUAUGUGUACGCCGUAGUCACAUUGUACAAGAUGCAUUGUGUGCUUUCGCCAAACCUUCCUUUCACACCUCAAAGAUGCUGAAGGUGACCUUCAUUGGGGAGAUUUCAGUGGAUGAUGGAGGUCCCAGGCGAGAGCUGUUCAGUGUACUCAUGAGGGAGCUCUUUGACAAGAGUGGCCUUUUCACAGGCUGGCCUGAGAAUGCUGUACCAGUGCACAAUGUUCAUGCCUUAGCUGAAAAUAAGUUCUACAUCACUGGAAAGAUCGUUGCAACCAGCUUAGUACAAGGUGGGCCACCCCCAGUGUGCUUCAGCCGUGCUGUUGCAGACUAUAUUGUGUUUGACGAAGUGAGGAGUUCUCCAGACCUUCAAGAUAUACCUGACUUCGAAGUUCGGCAGAAUCUUGAGAAGAUGCUAACUAUUGUGAAUGUUGAGGAACUCAGGUCAUUCACUGAUGAGCACUGUGGUGAACUAGAACAUUCUGUGACUGGUUUAAUUAAAAACUAGAACAUUCCGUGGUAAAGGACCAGAACUUUAUGUGUUAAGAACCU